AGCUGAGUGAAGGGUUCCUGCCUCAAGUGCAGAGGGAGAAGGGGAAUGGGCUAGCAUCAUCUUUACACCAUGGAUUGAGAGCCUGUGUGCUUCGUACACACUCAGUGAUUUCCUACAAUGAUGACCAAAUGCCUUGGUGUAACUGUUAUGGAAAAUAAAAGCAAGAAGCUAUCAAAUAAAAAUGGUUCAAGCACUAUGGUGCGAAGCACAGCUGCAGCUAAGGAACUACACCAACGAUAUAAAGACAUGCUGGAACCUCUAAGUCUCUUCCCAGCUGCUCCUACUGAAGAAAAACCUCCAGUGUUUCAGCUAAAGCGUCCAGUAACUCCUAUUGAUCAAAAUGUUCGGUCAGCCCCGGCCACUCUCACUGAACUCUGUCAAUUAAUUCAAAGAAGGAUUGCUGCAAAAACGGAAGUUUCAUCAGUUUCUAUAGCAACACAACAAGCGCUGGGAGGAAUGAUUUUAGCAGAUGUAAAGAUGCUUUGGGAGGAGUUUAUGCACCAUUCUGAUGACAUUACUUUGACAAACCUGGAAAACAAAGAACUCAGCCGACGAAUUACUACACACAUCAUCACUGUCUGUGAACAGUUAUUCCUUCACUAUCUUCAAAUGGUGGAUGUAGUAAGACGGCGCUCCAUAUUCACUGAUGAAGCUAAUCUUAGUAGACUAAAGGCUCAGCUUACCGUGGACUGCACAAAAUUUUUGAAUUUAUCAGCUAUAAAGCGUUGGAUAUCUAGAGAAAUCAAGGCUUCACGCAAAUCGACAGAUGUUGUUGAUGAAGAAUCUGAAAUUGAAUAUUUAAAAAGAUAUAAACAUAUGGUUAGAAAAUCAAUGUCUCCUGAAGCCAACUUUUCAAUGAAGCAGCUUUUCAGUCUCAGCCGACCUAAGAAAACACCACCACCACGAGAACAAACUAUAGAAACAGAUCUUCAAGAGAUCGAUGAAAAUAUGCCAGAGCUGAACAAAGCACAAGUUUAUAAUAUGUUCCCGCAUCGAAUUGAAUCAGCUGUUGAUCGUAGGCAAAUGGAAAUUGCUGCAGUACGAACCUCUACUCUUUCAAAGGAGCAAAAAGAACAACUAUUAAUAAAAUAUUUACAGCAAGAGCAGCAUAUAAAUCUAAAGAGUUUGCAACCCAAUCCAAAUCUAAGAAUAGGAACAUUUUUUGCAGAGGAUCUUGGUACCAUUGGAUAUACUUCUGGUUUGCAGAGCUUCGACAGAGUCCCAAAAUCUGAAAGAAAUAAUCAAAAAUAUUCAUCAGUUGCUGAUGAUCUCCAGAAGCUGUUGGAAACUUCCACUCCAGACGGAGGAGACAGUGAUCCUGAAACAAGCCUUCCUCCCCUGAUUCAAGCACUCACAUAUGAUCAGACUCAGGAAGUUAAAAAAUACACGCAAGAGAAAAUACUGAUGGAACUUGAGGAGGAAGAGAAAAGACAGAAACUAAAUCGGAGAAUACGACGAAAGGGAACAGAGCAUGCACAGCCUGCCACUGUCAACAUCAGGGUGUCCAAAAAGAUGAUAGCACGAACAGCAGAUGUUCGAAUUUCAGACAGAAAGUUUAUUGACACAAUCUAUCUCCAGAUAUAUCCUGCUGUAUACAAUCACAUUGAGGGAGAGGUGGACUCAGAAAUGAUGAAAGAACUGGACAGUGGGUUGACCCUUGGGGAAGAACUCCAAGAGAUUUACAAGGAGCUUUUGAAUACUAUUCCAGAGGACUAUCUGUUAUUUGACUGGGAUCCAAUGGUAACUUCUCCAGCAAUGGAUGUACAUCCUUCCAAGUGUUUUGCAUCCUCCAUUUUGUCCAAGAAGAAAGAGGAGCGUGCCAUUAAUCCUGAACUGAAAUUAUUGCAACCUAAGUUUGGGACUGAAAGGUAUUUAUUAAUAAAGCAGGAAGCUGAAAGUGCUGCAUCUAAAUUUAAGGAUGAAUCCAGAAAUGUUGUUUCAGUGUCAGAUUAUCUAAAUAACAUUUCUGUACAGGGCACAGACUACUUAAGAGUUGCCUUUCAUUUAUAUGACAGUGAGGAUGAAGGAGAUGAGGCAAUAAAUUCACUUCUUGCUCAAGAAACAGAAUUGAAACAGAAACAAGAAAUGGAAAUUGCAGAAAUUCGGCACCUAAAGGAGGAAUUUGUUGCUGGAUCAUGGAAUAUUAACUCUGUAAUGCUUGGUGGCCUCGGAAAAGAACCACUAUCACAAGUUGCCAAGGACUAUGUACAGGUUCAGAAACGGCUUGGGAAGAAACCUUACCAAGAAGAUCUAGAGGAGAUCCAGAACAGACUGCAACGUAUUUGGACCACUCUGCACGUCCCUGAUUCGGAACGUCUUGAUAUGGCUAUUAAAUACAGUUCUUUUAAACACAAAGUUCGUGUUUCAAAGGCUCUGGAGGCCUGGGAAGCUGCUGUGAAACUGAUUAAAGAAAGAGAGUGCAUUUUGAGUAAACUUGAACGAUUUGAGAGAUUUGCAUCAAACCCUAAUCGAUUUUUUGUGAAAGGCUACUGGGGUACUUCGAUCGCAAGAUUAAGGGAGUCCAAAGAGAGGGAUAAGCUUUAUUCUGACAUGGCACAAAUUGAAAGUCAAUUGUCAACAAUUCUAAAGAAAAUCAAAAACAAUUUUGAGGAUGUGGUUACCUUCAAGCCACAGGCCUACACGGCUAAUACAGUUCAGUUUCUGGUCAAUGGUAACACCAAGAUGUUAAUAGUGAUGGAUUCAGCAAUGGUAGUGCCAUUAAAUUUCGAGAAGCUAUGCAUUGAUUUUCUCGAUGGAGAUGGUUAUUGCCUGGAACAGUGUGGCAUCCAUGUUACUUGGCAACCCAAAUCUGGAUACUGUCUGGGUCUUUGGACAUGGAUUGCUUCAGUGUAUCAGGGGUUGUGA